GUGAGGCAUUUGCCUGCAUGCUGUGCUGUGCUAUGCUGUACUCCGCUCCACUCGCUGCUCUGACUGACUGCGAGUAAAGGGGAAAUCUGACUAGAGGCUUGGCUUAGUGGGAGUCCCUCUCUGCCACACCGGGAGUACCUUUUGGAAGAGGUGGGGGUUGUUUGCAGUGAGACAAGGUGAGUCAAGCAAGUGAUGGCUGGAGGAAGAGCAGAACAGGAGGAGGCAGAGAACAGUUUUCAGCCCUUUUGAAUCUUUCAUAAGGGAGAUCCUCCAACAUCACACUGCCUUGAUGUUCUGAGGGAGAAAAGCUGGUGCUGAGGUGUGCAUUAAGCAGGCACCAGCUGUGCCUUAGAGACAGAGGGACACAGGAACAAGGAGAGUGAUAGAGCACUGGGGUGUGCACCUCACAGACACCAAAACCAGGAGAAGAGAGAUGGAGGAAAAGCAGUUUUGAGAAGAGGAAUUCUGCUUUGGAAGAAGCUGUAUGUGUAAGCUCUAAGAGCCUCUGAACAGAGGACUACGAGGAACGCACAAUGUAUGAGCCAAAGGAGAGAUAAAGAGACUGCUGGCUGGAUGAUCUCUAAACCCCUGAAGAACAGGGGAAAAUGGUAAAGGUAAAAACAACACAACCAACUAAAGGUUAAUGGUGUAUAUUUUUGUUUGUAAGGUAGCCUCAAUUUUUUUCCCCCACAACAAGAUUCCAGCCUGAUUUGAACUUCUUCUGUUUCCUGGAUAAGGCAAAGGAAGGCGAAAAUUAGCCGUGCAUGUCCACCUGGUGAGACUGACGUGUCAGAAUUUGACAGGGAGGGAAACAAAAGACUUUCUUGCAGAACUGAAGCCAACCCGCAGGGAUGUCAUCCAACGAGCUGAGCGUUGAGAUGGACUCCUGCAUUCGGACAUUCAAGGAGCACAUGCAUUUGGAGCUGGAGCCUCCCAAGAUGCCCGGUGUGGUGGGAGGCAAGAGGGGAGCCACGUCCCCAAAACUGUCCCCCAGAAGCUCCCCACGGCUCUUUCGCAAGCUAAUGGUCAACAAGAACAUCAGACAGAGGCGGCGCUUCACUGUAGCUCAUACCUGUUUUGAUGUGGAGAAUGGUCCGUCUGCCAGCUGCAGCCCGCUGGACCCCCAGGCCUCCCCGGGCUCUGGUCUGGUCCUCCACACUAACUUCCCCGGUCAUAACCAGCGCAGAGAGUCGUUCCUCUACCGCUCUGACAGUGACUAUGAUCUGUCACCCAAGUCCAUGUCACGGAACUCCUCCAUCGCCUCUGAAUUACACGGCGAUGACCUGAUCGUAACGCCUUUUGCUCAGGUUCUGGCGAGCCUUCGAAGUGUAAGGAAUAACUUCACAGUGUUGACCAAUGUCCAGUGUGCCUCCAGCAAAAGAUCUCCCGCAGCAACAACUCAACCUCCUAUCACCAGAGUUUGUCUCCCAGAUGACGCGUACCAGAAGCUGGCCAUGGAGACGAUGGAGGAGUUGGACUGGUGUCUGGAUCAGCUGGAGACGAUCCAGACCUACCGCUCUGUCAGUGACAUGGCCUCCAAUAAGUUCAAGAGAAUGUUGAAUCGGGAGUUGACGCACCUAUCUGAGAUGAGUCGGUCUGGGAACCAGGUUUCCGAAUUCAUCUCCAACACCUUCCUAGACAAACAGAAUGAAGUGGAGAUCCCUUCGCCGACAUCCAAGACACGGGAGAAGAAGAAGCAGCAGCAGCAGCAGAAGCAGCAGCUAAUGACACAGAUCAGCGGCGUGAAGAAGGUCUCUCACGGGCCCUCGCUCUCCAGCAGCAGCAUCUCCCGCUUCGGUGUCAAGACCGAGAAGGAGGAGCAGCUGUCCAAAGAGCUGGAGGACCUGAACAAGUGGGGCCUGAACAUCUUCACGGUUUCAGAGUACUCCAACAGCAGACCCCUGACCUGCAUCAUGUAUGCCAUCUUCCAGGAGAGAGAUCUUUUAAAGACAUUUAAGAUCCCAUCGGAUACAUUUGUGGCCUACAUGAUGACGUUGGAAGACCACUACCAUUCAGAUGUGGCCUACCAUAACAGCCUGCACGCUGCUGACGUGGCCCAAUCCACACACAUCCUCCUAUCAACUCCAGCCCUGGAUGCGGUCUUCACAGAUCUUGAGAUCCUGGCAGCCAUCUUUGCUGCAGCCAUCCAUGAUGUGGACCAUCCUGGAGUUUCAAACCAGUUCUUAAUCAACACCAACUCUGAGCUGGCAUUGAUGUACAAUGACGAGUCUGUGCUGGAGAACCAUCACCUGGCCGUGGGAUUCAAGCUGCUACAGGAAGACAACUGCGACAUCUUCCAGAACCUCACCAAGAAACAGAGGCAGUCACUGCGCAAGAUGGUCAUCGACAUGGUCUUAGCCACCGACAUGUCCAAGCACAUGAGUCUGCUGGCUGAUCUGAAGACCAUGGUGGAGACCAAGAAGGUGACGAGCUCUGGAGUGCUGCUUCUGGACAACUACACCGACAGGAUACAGGUGCUGCGUAACAUGGUGCACUGUGCUGACCUGAGUAACCCCACCAAGUCCCUGGAACUGUAUCGUCAGUGGACCGAUCGGAUAAUGGAGGAGUUCUUCCAUCAGGGAGACAGAGAGCGAGAGAGAGGGAUGGAGAUCAGCCCGAUGUGUGACAAACACACAGCCUCAGUGGAAAAGAGCCAGGUGGGAUUCAUCGACUACAUCGUGCACCCUCUUUGGGAGACAUGGGCUGAUCUGGUCCACCCAGAUGCCCAGGACAUUCUGGACACUCUGGAAGACAACAGGAACUGGUACCAGAGCAUGAUCCCCCAAAGUCCCUCCCCUCCCUUCUAUGACCAAGGCACGCACGGACACAGUGGAUGCACUGGAGGGCAGGGAGGUGGGGAGAAGUUUCAGUUUGAGCUGACCUUGGAGGAGGAGGACUUGGAUGGAGUAGAGAAAGAUGGCGAUGUGGAGGAAGGGGAGGAAGAUGAAUUAGAGGAGGAGGAGGAGGAGGAGGAGGAUGAUGAUAGUAGAGGAGAUCGUGAAUCUCCUCCCCCGGACUAUUUGAACUGUCAGGAUCACGAGGAGGGCAGAAUGAUGGAGCCCACGACAGCAAUAGAAAUCGUGACGCAUGAGGCGUCGCCGACAGAUACAUAGGGUUUUCAUCGCCAGGCUCACGUGGUGAUUUGAGAGUUUUUUCGGAGAAAAACGAGGGAGGAGAAUCCUCUUGCAGCUGUGCUUUUUAAAAAGCCCAGAGAGGCAAAGGCUUUGUUUUGGCCCGCACGUGGGUGUCUUGCACUUGGGUGUUUGAAGCCAGACGUGGAUGGACAGUUUCAGUGAAGCGGCUUCAGAGUUCUCAGGAAAUAAUUGCUGCGGACAUUUAGUCUUAGACGGACAAAUGAGACUGGGGGCGGAACUUGAAGGAUUUUUGGCCAGUUUGGGAAAUGGUUACUUAUAUUUUCAGGACUGGCAUUAAAUGGACAUUGACACUACUGAGAGAAGUUUUGUACCUUAAGACUUUUUUUUACAGAUGACCUAGAAGUAGCAUAGAGUAAGAUCUACUGAUCGAAACAUGUUUGUAUAGCAAGAGAAAGUGUUUACUUUUUUCCUGUACCAUUUGUCAAAGGACUUUUGUGUGCCUUUUUUACUAUUGUCUUUAUAAUAGUUUUUUAUUUAUUGAACACUCUAGUAUGUCUGUGAAAUGUUUUAGGGUUUUUGUUUUUUUCCCUUCUUAUCUUAUUUUUGUAUGUUGAAGAGAGAGAAGAGUCUUCCAUGUAUUGGGCAAUAGAGAAAUCCAAACAAA